AUGUCCAAGGCACCAGUAAUCGGCAUUGAUCUGGGCACUACCUACUCCUGUGUAGGAGUGUUUCAGCACAACAAAGUUGAGAUCAUUGCCAAUGACCAGGGAAACAGGACCACGCCCAGUUAUGUUGCCUUCACUGACACCGAGAGGCUGAUUGGGGAUGCAGCCAAGAAUCAGGUGGCCAUGAACCCCAGCAACACAGUAUUUGAUGCAAAGCGUCUCAUUGGGCGUCGGUUUGAUGACAGCAUCGUCCAGUCGGACAUGAAGCUCUGGCCAUUUACAGUCAUUGAUGAUGCUUCACGCCCCAAAGUACAAGUGGAGUACAAGGGCGAGACCAAGACCUUCUACCCAGAAGAGAUCUCCUCCAUGGUGCUGGCUAAGAUGAAGGAGAUUGCUGAGGCGUACCUUGGGAAGAAAGUAAGAGAUGCUGUUGUGACUGUGCCUGCCUACUUCAAUGACUCUCAGCGUCAGGCCACCAAAGAUGCAGGGAUCAUUUCUGGCCUGAAUAUCCUUCGUAUCAUCAAUGAACCAACUGCUGCUGCUAUUGCUUAUGGACUGGACCAAAGGGCUGAACAUGAAAGAAAUGUUCUCAUCUUUGACCUGGGAGGUGGCACAUUUGACGUCUCCAUCUUGUCAAUUGACGAUGGCAUCUUUGAGGUCAAGGCCACAGCAGGGAACACACACUUGGGUGGAGAAGACUUUGAUAACCGCAUGGUCAAACACUUCAUCGAAGAUUUCAAACGCAAACACAAGAAGGACAUCAGUGACAACAAGAGAGCUGUGCGUCGUCUGCGCACAGCAUGCGAGAGGGCUAAGCGCACUUUAUCAUCCAGCACUCAGGCCACCAUUGAAAUUGAUUCUCUGUUUGAGGGAAUUGAUUUCUACACGUCCAUCACAAGGGCUCGUUUUGAGGAGCUGAACGGAGACCUUUUCCGGGGAACCCUGGAACCUGUGGAGAAGGCCCUCCGUGAUGCCAAGAUGGACAAGGCUGGAAUCCAUGACAUCGUCUUGGUGGGAGGUUCCACUCGUAUUCCCAGGAUCCAGAAGCUGCUGCAGGACUUUUUCAAUGGGAAGGAACUCAAUAAGAGCAUUAACCCUGAUGAAGCUGUGGCCUACGGUGCAGCUGUGCAGGCAGCCAUCCUGUCAGGUGACAAGUCAGAGCAAGUGCAGGACCUGCUGCUGCUGGAUGUGACCCCGUUGUCUCUGGGCAUCGAGACUGCGGGAGGAGUCAUGAGUGUUCUGGUUAAGAGGAACUUCACUAUCCCCACCAAGCAGAACCAGGUUUUUACCACCUACUCAGACAACCAGCCUGGUGUGCUCAUUCAGGUUUUUGAGGGUGAAAGGACCAUGACAAAAGAUAACAACCUUCUGGGGAAAUUUGAGCUGACUGGGAUCCCCCCCGCCCCCCGUGGGGUUCCUCAGAUUGAAGUGACCUUUGACAUCGACGCCAACGGCAUCCUGAACGUAUCUGCGUUAGACAAGAGCACCAUGAAGGAGAACAAGAUCACGAUCAUAAACGACAAAGGUCGGCUGAGCAAGGAAGACAUUGAUCGCAUGGUCAGUGACGCGGAGAAGUACAAGGCCGAGGAUGAGUUGCAGAGAGGGAAGGUGACUGCCAAGAAUAACCUAGAGUCUUACGUCUUCAGUGUAAAGUCCACUGUGGAGGAUGAGAGGUUCAAGGACAAGAUCAGCGACGGGGACAAAAAGAAGAUUCUGGACAAGUGUAAGGAGGUCAUUGACUGGCUGGACAGAAACCAGGUUGCAGAGAAAGAAGAGUUUGAGCAUCAGCAGAAGGAGUUGGAGGGAAUAUGGACACCCAUCAUAACCAAGCUUGGCCAGAAUGCAGGGGGGAUGCCAAGAGGCUUCCCUGGAGCUGGUGGCGCUCCAGAAGGAGGAGCGUCCUCCGGCCCCACCAUCGAGGAGGUCGACUAA